CAUUCACUCAACAUUUUGUUCAUCGAGUCGAAUGGAACAUGGCGGUGCUAGGCAGGAUGUGCAUAAGUUUUUGAUUUUUGCAUUUUUAACGAGUUGCUUAUAUCAGUUAGCUUUCUAAAUAAUUUCUGACUUAUUUCGUGUGUUAUAAUAUUUGUUAUAGUGUAAAAGCUUAUCCACCCCAGGAAUUUCCUAUCUGGACUUACUUAGUUCUGCAAUGAAAAUUAUUAUUCGUUGGUAGUGUAAAAAUAAUUGUGACAAAUAUAUCACUUUGCUUCAGGUAAACUGUUGUUUUAUGUAUUUUUAUUGUUUUAUAGUAAAUGUAGUUUAUCCUAAGUUCCCGUAAUCCGAAAUUUCAUCCCACAAUUAGUCAAUAAAAAGUUACGAGCCUGCCCCAUUUUGGUUCAAGUUCAUUCUCGUGUUAUUUUGUUCAUUAAUAAUUUUAUAUUUUGGUAUGGGAUCGAAUCGUAAUUGAUCUCUGUGGAGUUGUGAAAGACAAUCACAUGCAUUGAGUAAUAUUUGCGAUAUAUUUUCACGAUCAUUGCUUUUCUUUGUGGUCCUUAAUCACGUGUGGAUCAGGUCGUUAUGGGGUCAAUAACUGCUGACUACGGAUUAUUUUAGUUUUAUUCGCAUAACGGAGAAUGUAAAUUAUCAGUAAUUCUGUAAUUUUGUGGAGGAGAUAUUUGUAAGAUAGGUAUACUAUAAUGACAAGUAGGUAGAUGGUUAAGCUCUUAGUGUUAAUCUACCUACUUAAUACAAAUUAUUUUCGUACGUAAUUAUAGUGUUAUGGAUGAUCAGAAGUUUAUCAAAAUUAUUAUAUAUGCAACGCACAUAAACGAGCAAGCUAGGUGCAGGGCGCAGGAUGUAGACAGGGGCGGGGGUAGUGCGGGGCGGGGGCCUGGGGCCCGUCCGCCAGUCAGCUGUGCAAAGUGUCAUGUUGUCGCGUCGCACCGUACCGACCCGUGGGAAGUGGCCUAAAUUGUGCCCUUCCAUUGAAUCUUGAAAUUUGAUUUUGUUAUUGUUGUAAGCUCUCUUUAUAAAAAGUUAAUGUGUCAUAUUUACUUAUAUUAGUAGAUUGUCAUUUAACAUAUAAAAUACUUAAGUACUACCUAUUUAACAAGUGGAUGCAGAUAAAAAAAUUCCUUUGUGGUAAACAAGUUUUUGUGUGCCGUGUUGGUCAUGGCUACGCUCCUCCAAGAGAAUGGUAUAAAGGAGUUAAGCAAAGUUGUGCCUAACCGUGGUAUAUCCUCACAUAGUGUAACAAAUCAUAUGGUGCCUGAUCAUGAAUAUUGCGAAGCUGGGUCAACUAGCACGUCACAGAUGAAGUGUACCGAUACAAGUGAGGCGAUGGCGCCACCCGCCGCCAUUGAAGAAGAGGAGGAUACACCAGAAAUAGAUAUAAUGAUAAACAAUGUUGUGUGCAGUUUUAGUGUUAAGUGCCACCUGAACCUUAGACAGAUAGCAUUAAAUGGUGUGAACGUUGAAUUUCGCCGCGAGAACGGCAUGGUAACUAUGAAGUUACGGCGUCCAUACACUACUGCGUCCAUCUGGUCGUCCGGCCGCGUGACGUGCACUGGUGCAACCAGCGAGGACCAGGCGAAGGUUGCCGCACGACGGUAUGCGCGCGCCCUUCAGAAGCUCGGCUUCCAAGUGCGUUUCCGCAAUUUCCGUGUAGUCAAUGUAUUAGGCACCUGUCGGAUGCCGUUUGGUAUAAGGAUCAUAUCUUUUUCGAAAAAAUACAAGGAAGCAGACUAUGAACCUGAGCUCCAUCCUGGAGUCACAUAUAAGUUAUACAAUCCUAAAGCCACACUCAAGAUAUUCUCCACUGGUGGUGUGACUAUCACAGCUCGGAGUGUGAGUGACGUUCAGUCAGCCGUGGAACGCAUCUUCCCUUUGGUGUACGAGUUCCGCAAGCCUCUAACACCGGCAGACGAAGAGCUGCUGCGACAGAAGCGUGCAGCCCGUUCCGGUGUGCCAGCUCCUGCGCCCCCGCCGGAUGAUGACCCCAUGCACUUGGUGACGCUGUCGGACGACGACAACGAAGCCUGGGAAUGACGCGCAGGAGCCGCGCGCGCCUCCGCCGCCCACUGAAGCUCCCGACGCGAAACCCCGUGCGGGAACAAAACGAACUUUUAUAUUGGCAUCGAAGCAAUAACUCUCGGUUGUUAGUGCGAUCGCGUGUGACUCGUCGGCGAGCUGUUCGGUUCAUGCCAAAGAUAUUUAUUAGGGGAGGUGCUUCGCGCCUGGUCCGGUUUGCGCGCGGCCACGACCUCUCGGCUGAACGUUCUGCGAAGCACCCACGCUUCUUUACCCUUCGUAUGUACGAUUGUAUCGUUUUUGUGAUGACCUGUGACCUCUUUAGUAUGCGUAGAUGAAGUCGACUCGUUUACGUUGAAACCAAAAUUGUCAUAAAAUUACAAAAAAAUGUUCAAAAUAAAUCUCGAUAACGAUACUCAGUCUCGUUUUUUCAUUUGCCGUUAUGAUUGUAGAAUUUGUAGUGAUAAUAGUGUUCAAUAAGAUUUGUUCUAAGAAAGAGAUGACUGAACGAUAGAUGUUAGUGAUUGUAAAUAUGGAAGCUUCGACAUUAUACGUUUCAAUAAAAACA